AUGCCCGGCCCCGGUUACCCUCCCCUGGACGGCACCGGCGAGACCUCGGGCAAGCCCUGCAUUCCCUGCCCGGCCAUCCCGCAGCCAUCCUCCACCUCCAGCGCCUCGCCCUUCUCCUACGGCUGCUUCGGCGGCGGCUACUAUUCCUACCGGGUGGCCCGGAGUUCGCUCAAGCCCUGCCCGGCCCCGCCGCAGGCCGCCUACCCGGCGGAGAAAUACCUGGACGCCGCCUGCACCUCCUCCUCCGCCGCCCCCGCCGCCGCCGCCGCCCCGGAGGAGUACCCCACGCGGCCAGCCGAGUUCGCCUUCUACCCGGGCUACGCGGGGCCUUACCAGCCCAUGGCCAGCUACCUGGACGUGUCGGUGGUCCAGACCCUGGGCGGGCCCCCGGGCGAUGCCCGGCACGAAGCGCUCCUGCCCGUGGACCCUUACCACGAACCCUGGGCCUUAGCCGGAGGGUGGAACAACCAAAUGUGUUGUCCAAAAGAGCCAAGCCCCGCCGGACACUUUUGGAAAACUGCCUUCGCAGAAGCUGUAGGCCAACACCCGCCCGAGGGCUGCACCUUCCGCCGGGGCCGCAAGAAGAGGAUCCCCUACAGCAAAGGGCAGCUGAAAGAGCUGGAGAAAGAGUACUCCAACAGCAAGUUCAUCACCAAGGACAAGAGGAGGAAGAUCUCCGCCGCCACCAACCUCACCGAGAGACAGAUCACCAUUUGGUUCCAGAACCGGAGGGUGAAAGAGAAGAAAGUCGUGGCCAAAGUGAAGACCGCCGCCGCUGCCAACAGCACGAGUGGCGGCGGAGGCGGCGGCGGCGGCAGCCCGUGAGACGGCGACACGAAGG